AUGCCCGCCCGCCUCUUCAGCCUCUCAUCCGCCCUGCACCACCAGAACCCCCUGGUACGCCCGCGCCUACACACACCGCGCACUGCGUCGCUGACCUGCCCAGCCCAGGGUCUCCCGCGCGCCGGCGCCCCCGCGCCCCCCUCGCUCCCGCGCAGAGGCGGACCCGUCGCCAAACGGCCAAUCCCACACGUGAAGAGGGUGCUCGUCGUCGCGAGCGGGAAGGGCGGCGUCGGGAAGAGCACGGUCGCAGUGAACCUCGCGUUCGCGCUGGCGAUGAGGGCUGGGGAGCGGCGGCUGCGGGUGGGCCUGCUCGACCUCGACAUCUUCGGGCCCUCCAUCCCGAAGCUCAUGGGCCUCGACCGCGCAGACGAGCCGCACCUCACGCCCGCCGGCGCCCUCGUCCCGCUCACGAACCACGGCAUCCCAUGCAUGUCCAUGGGCUUCCUCCUCCCAAAAUCCACCCCCGCACCUGGCUCGAGCGCGAGCGCGGGCUCGAGCGCAGACACGCCCGUCGUCUGGCGCGGCCUCAUGGUACAGAAAGCAGUCCAACAGCUGCUGUUUGACGUCGACUGGCGGCUCGGCGCGCGCACAGACGCAUCUGCGUCCGGGUCCGAGUCUGGGUCGGGAACGGGGACAGGGCUCGACGUGCUCGUGGUCGACAUGCCGCCGGGCACGGGCGACGUCCCGCUCACGCUCGGCCAGCUCGUCGCCGUAGACGGGGCCGUCAUUGUGUCGACGCCGCAGGACGUCGCGCUCGCGGAUGUUAGGAAGGGCAUCGCGAUGUUCCGCAAAGUCGGAGUCCCCAUCACUGGCCUCCUCCUCAACCAAUCUUACUUCCUCUGCCCGUCGUGCGACGUCCGACACGACCUGUUCGGCUCGUCGGACCUGUUCCACGCGACCGCGCGCCAGCUUGGCGUGCCGGUGCUCGGCGAGCUGCCGUUGGCGCCGGAGGUGAGCGGGAGCGGCGACGCGGGGGCGCCGUAUGCGCUGCUGGGCGGGGCGGGCGGCGGAGGUGGGGCGCGGUGGAGGGAAGGCUUGGAGGAGGUUGCGGAGAGGGUGUGGGGAUCGCUGGGUUGA